CCUCCGGAUCUUUCUCUUCAGUUGUCUGUAAGGUGCUGGGUUCUUCUUCGGAAGCUAAGGCCGCGUUGGGGUGACUCCUCACUUCAUCCGGCGACUAGCACCACUACAAACAAGUCUCUCCUCAUCCCUCUGCUGAAAUGGCCGUCUCCGAGCUCGCUUGCAUCUACUCUGCCCUCAUUCUUCACGACGACGAUGUUACAGUCACGGAGGAUAAAAUCAAUGCCCUCAUUAAAGCAGCAGGUGUAAAUGUUGAACCAUUCUGGCCAGUAUUAUUUGCAAAGGCCCUGUCCAAUGUCAACAUUGCAAGUCUCAUCUGCAAUGUUGGAGUGGGUGGACCUGCCCCAGCAGCUGGUGGUGCUGCCCCUGCUGGAGGGGCAGCUCCUGCUAGCACAGCUGCCCCAGCUGAGGAGAAGAAGAAAGAGGAAGCAAAAAAAGAAGAAUCCGAGGAGUCUGAUGAUGACAUGGGCUUUGGUCUGUUUGACUAAAUAUUUUUUGUAACAUUAAAUAAAA